AUGAAGAUAUUGUUGCCGACCGUAAUAUUAUCUUUCGUAUUCAGCAUCGGUUUUCUCGAGGUAACGCACAUAUAUAUGCUCUGUGACUCAUUAGGAAUUAUUGCACGAGUGAAAUACGAGGAAAGUGUCUUGUAAUAACGUAUAAACGACUCACUUCAUGCUGAUCCAGGCGUGAUUGAAGAUCACGCGUUUGAUUUCGCGAGGUUCACUGGAAAACGUCUCUAAAACGUCGUUUUGUAUCCACCUGCCGCUGAAGGAAAUGAUCGAUCAGUUUCGUUUUUAUAUAUCGUAAUUACACGAUACAUUUUUUUAUUUGCGAAAUCAAAUCCUAUCAAAUGAUAGGUUGAUAAUAUGAUUCGGAACAGUCAUUCGGUUUUGCUACUUCUUUCGUCCUUGUUUUAUACAUGCCAACAAUGUACGUCGUUUUUCACACAGUUUGUAAGAUUAUUAGAAACUUGGCAUACCAUUAUGCAAGACUGCGAAUGUCUAAUUAUAGUACUGAUUGCGAUUGGAGGUCACGUAAAAUUAUUCGGCAUAGUUCUCAAUAAUAAAAACAUAGAACGAUUAUUAUCUCUCAUCGAUUAUCAUUGGCAAAUUUUUACGCAUUCUUUAGAAAAACAGAUUAUGCAUGAUUACGCUAUUGUAGGGAAAAAAAUGACGAUAAGUUAUGCUGUUAGCCUUUAUACAUUAAUGAGCCUAUACAUGCUGAUACCAAUAAUACCCAAGUUAUUGGAUCUUGUCAAGCCACUUAACAAAUCGCGUCCGAAUGAAUAUCUCUUCGAUGUCGAUUAUAGUUUCGACAGGGAUGAGUAUUACUAUGUUUCAUUACUCCAUUCGUAUUUAACAACUGUGAUGACUAUUAGCAUCAUGGUAAUAAUCGAUACGAUCUAUAUAGUGUUCGCUCAACACGUAUGCAGUCUAUUUGCUGCUAUCGGGCGACGGCUAGAAAAUCUGGGGAUAAAUUCGAAGGAAAGUGAUUGGCUUAUUGAGAAUAUAGAGAUGACGCGUGAGAGACGCGGUUCGAUGGAUUGCAUACUGCUUAACAAAGAUGACGAGGUCUAUCGUGAAUUAAUAGUCAUUCUACAAAAGCAUCAGCUCAGUAUCGAAUACGUUUCUAUAUUAGAUUCUACGUUUGCAUUGUAUUCAUUAAUAUUGCUGGCUCUCAAUAUUAUAGUUACGAGUCUGCUUGGGCUUCAAAUAUUGUCGUUAAUGGAUCACAAGAAACAAAUGAUUAGAUUCGCUUCGAUGUGUAUAGGUGCUUUUAUGCAUCUUUUCGUUUUAAGUUAUCCUGGCCAAAAAAUAAUAGACCAUAGUACAGAUGUAUUUCAUAAAGCGUACAAUAUGCAAUGGUACAAAAUGUCACGAAGAUCGAUACAACUAUUGAGCAUAUUGCUUUACAGAUGUUACGUACCUUGUACGUUAACGGCUGGCAAAGUAUACGUGUUGUCGAUGGCUAAUUAUGCCUCGAUGGUGCAGACAUCUAUAUCUUACUUCACCGCCUUUUUAUCGCUCAGUUGAGUCAUGAUGGAAGAGAUUAUAUCAAAUUAUCUUGUAGUAAAAUCAGUGUUCAUUUAAUUAAUUUCCGCCUUAUGAA